UGUGACUAUUUGCCGACCAGUCGGUGCGCCUCGCGACUGUUUCCGUGACGUGCGUUGCUGUCGACGUGUUACGGACGGUUCGAACGGACCUUUGACAUUUAAGUUGACGUUUUGUUCGGUGCAUUUGACACGGGACAAAUUUAAAACAAAAACCGUUCGUUUGUCGUUUUAAUUUCGGUUUCUCCUCGUACUCCGCCGUACACCUCCGCGUUGGUGCGCACAACUCGGCGUGGAAAUCUCGCGAAAUCCAAUCGCGCACGGCCGACCGAUCGUAUCGUUAGUUCUCGAGCAGCUGAAUUGCGACGGGACCACAAGAGAACCCGGGAAAAAAGUACUUGUUCUUAUGGCCGUCGGUGCAGUAUCUAUUACGCAACGAAAGUGCAGAAGAUAUGUACACAUUUGGGAAAAUUCAUAGACGUGCACAGAUCGCAUUGUGUUAAACAACCGUCGACUAUCGGCGUGUUCUCACUCCAUAUUGACAAUAUUACAGUUCAUUGAUCAUGCGCGUACAUAUGUACCUAUUAUUGUUCGGUACUCGUUUUUAUACUAAUCGUUAUAAAAACACUGCUCGCACAACGAUUGAAUUCGUUCCGUAACGCAGUGGCGUACAGUGUUGUUGAGCGAUACGAUGUACUUAAGGGCGUGCAUUUGCAUUUCCCACGAUUUCUUUUUAAACCCGUACAUAUUUAAUUUUCGUCGUUUAUCAAUCGAAAUCAAACACGUCUGUUGUUAUUAUUGACUUCGGUUCGUAGAUCAGAUAUGGUUUGUUUUGCAUCCCUCGGUAAUUUGAUGCGAAAUUACGCUUUUAGUUUUAUUUACGUACGUCGCAAUGUCAUUAUUUGUUUCUCUUUAUUUUCACCGAAAUCGAACGUAUAAUCCGACUAGUGUGGCCAGUCGUGAUGAUUUAUUCACCAUUCGUUCGUUAUAAAAUAUAUAACGUGUAGCGUGGGCUAUAAGAUAUAUAGUAACGUGUAUUUUAAAUGUUCGUGUGUGUAAUUGAUAUGACGGUUAUGUAAAAGUGGUUCGCGCACAUAUAACACGCACUAAAUGUACAUGUUUUGAAUUGCCGUCCAUACAUUGUAUUUUGUUAAUUAGUUUUUAUGUAUUACGUAUGUUCCCGUUACUCUUUCAGGUGCAGUUCGAACGUUUUACAUGUUUUUCAACACCCUGUGCACGUUUAUGAUGCUGUACUAUCGUAGUACGAAAUUCGUUUUUCACUCGAGUUUUUCAAGGAUGAAAAUGAGAUGAGUGUAGAGGCUGAGCAUGGCGGGUGUUGGGACAGUUGCGUGCGGCUCAUGUGCCACAAUCACUCGUCGUCGCAGCCGUCAAACCACCGACAGCCCUAUCCUGCCCGCCACCUCUACGCUAACGGCAACAAAAAUGGACUGAAUGGACACAUUAAAGAUGGAAUCGCUAGAAAUGCGACGAAGACCAACGGGGUACGGCCCGAGGAGAAGAUCUCCACCGUGUCCAGAGGUUACUGGACCGUGGAGAGGCCUAGGCAACAACCCAACUACCACGCGGUACGCCGUUCGUGCCGGGAACGCGGCGCCUUGUUCGACGAUCCCGACUUCCCGGCCGGUCCGAAGUGCCUGUACAAGAACAAGCGGCCCGCGGUUCAACCUAUCGUGUGGAUGCGACCUCACGAAAUGUGCCAGAGGCCGAAGUUUAUGGCGGACUCGUCUCGGCUGGUGUCCCACGGCAACGGAGUGGUGUCGACCGGUGCAGGAGGCGGUGGCAGCGGCGGCGAACCAACACGGAACGGUACCAUCGGUGGCGGCAGUAGCGUACGGUGUGGCGUGGAACCCGGCGAGCUCGGCGACCACGGCUUCUUGGCUGCCGUGUCGUCGCUGACCCUUACGCCAAAGUUCCUCGACCGCGUCGUGCCCAUGGACCAGUCGUUCGAUACCACCACAUCCUAUUGCGGAUUGUUCAGGUUUCGAUUUUGGUACUUUGGCGAAUGGAAAGAAGUGUUGGUGGACGACAAGCUGCCCACUUACAGGGGACGAUUGGUGUACAUGCAUUCCACCAAUCCUACCGAAUUCUGGGCCGCGCUUUUGGAGAAAGCUUACGCCAAAUUAUACGGCUGUUACGAGAAUAUCAGCGGACCGGGAAGCUCGACCACUAGAGCACUGCAAGACUUGACCGGCGGCAUCGUUCAAAGUUUCGGGCUCUCCAACCAAGACCGGUUCCUCACGUAUCAAGUGCUUAACAGCGCCGUACCCAGGUCAUCAUUGCUCAUAUCCACAAUCACCCUGAAGGAGAACAAGAGACAACUAAGACUGCGAAACGGUCUGAUGACUCAGCACGCGUACAGUGUUACGGGUCUGGCGCGUGUCCGAGGUCCGUUGGGCGACACUCCGCUGGUCCGGUUGCGGAACCCGUGGGGUGAGGGCGAGUGGACCGGGCCCUGGAGCGAGAGGAGCUGGGAAUGGGACGGGUUGUCGAACAGGGAUAAAGAGUUGCUCAGCGUGCGCGUGCGCAACGACGGCGAGUUUUGGAUGUCUUUCGAAGACUUCGCCAGGCACUUCACGCAGCUGGACAUCGUCCACGUGAGCCCCGACGACUGGAUGACCGAGCCGGCGCUGCACUCGAAGCAGCCGUGGCGCGCCGUGUUGGCCAGGCGGAGAUGGCGGAGCGGGUACAACGCGGGCGGCGGGCCCGGGUACCCUGAGACAACGGCCAUGAAUCCGCAGUUCCACAUCGGCAUACCCAGGACCCCCGGCAACAAGUGUCACGUGGUCGUGUCCGUGGUGCAGCAGUACGAGACCGACCCCGAGGCCAAGGGUGCUCGGCCACUGUUCGCCAUCGGUUUCGCCGUCUACGAAGUGCCGCAUUCCACGUCCAGACUGACGUCGCAGUUCGUGGCUCAACAACAACCUCUAGACGUCACCAAUCAUUCUGUAGCAAGAGAAGUAGUGACGUUUUUUACAUUGCCGCCCGGUGACUACAUUGUCGUCCCUCAAACGAACGUCCCUAACUGUGAUGCCAAAUUCUUAUUGCGUAUACUGACCGAUGAACAGAGUAAUAUAUGGGAGGUUAACGAUGACAAUAUGGUGUUUAAAAAUAUUUCAGCAGAAUUUCUAGAAGACACCGUCAUAUUGCCGGACGGAAAGCCACUCUUGACUAAGCUCAUGGUCAAGUAUCCGCCAGAACUGGACGUGACGCAGUUGCAAAAAAUCCUGCGUGCCCACUGGAAAGCGUACUUGGCCGAGAAACCAAGUCUUGAACUGUGCAAGAGUCUAAUAAUGUUGAGGGACAUUAACAUCAGUGGUCGGAUCAACAUGUUAGACAUACCCGUGUUAAUGCAUAUGUUGCAAUUCUGGAAGAUUGCGUUUCAAAAGUUUGAAAAGGGCGUGAACCCAACCAAGACGUCUAGCUACAACCUAAGGCCUCUACUGUGGGAAGCCGGCAGCACCGUCAGCAACAAAGUGCUCGAAUGCCUGGUGCUGAGAUUCGCCAAGAACAGAAUUCUGACUUCUGAGUGUUUCAUAAUGGCCAUGGUCAGGUUGCACCUGGCUCACGAGAGGUAUCACAGUUUGGACACGAAAAUGAGCAAAGGAAACCCCUUAUCAUUAGAAGAGUUAAUCUUGAUGACUAUCUACUCGUGAAUUCGAGCCCGUCGACACGUACCAAAGAUGAAUGAUAGUGCCAGUCAUUAAGUAAUAUAUUAUUACGUUAAAACCACAUAAUACGUGGAGUACAACCAACUCAUCAUGUGGUUAUAAUUAUUAUUAUAAUGAUUAUUAUUAUUAUU